AACAAUAAAUAGUAUUUGUGUGUGUUAAAGUGAGAGAGAGAGAGAGCGGGAGGGAGUUAGAAAAGGAAAGCGAGAGGGAUACACACACACACAGAGUGAGAGAGAGAGAGAGAGAGAGAGAGAGAGCGAGAAAGAUUGCUUGCUUUGCUAUGGCGCUCGCGCGGACUUGGCGGCGGAAAAGCGCGAGCACAAUAUCGGCACCGCUCUCGCGCCAGGUUUGUCAGGAACACGACAGCGGAAAGUCUUCUCUGUUUUCUCUUUAAACCGGAAAUAAGCGACAGCCGGUGAGACGUUGCACGGAAAGAAAGGAAGCGAAGGAAGCGACUGAGUUCGGAGAAGGAGAAGGAGGAAAGAGGGAUUGGCUACAAAGUUGCACUGGGGGGAAAAAAAGCGUUGAUACGAUCAUGGGAGAAAGAAACGCCACGGAGCACGCGAGCUGAAACGGAGCGCGUGUGAACGCGACAAGCGACAUUUAUUUUAUUUUUUAUUUCUAUACGGUUUUUUUUUGUUCUGUUUGUUAAAAAGCGCAAGCAUGCCCGCGAAAACGAAAUAUAAUUUAGUGGACGAUGGACACGACUUACGGAUUCCUCUACACAACGAGGACGCGUUCCAGCACGGGAUCAAUUUCGAGGCGAAGUAUAUUGGUAGCCUGGAUGUCGCGCGACCCAACAGCCGUGUGGAAAUAGUAGCUGCCAUGAGACGGAUCCGGUAUGAAUUUAAAGUGAAGAACAUCAAGAAGAAGAAAGUCAACAUUAUGGUCUCCGUGGACGGAGUGAAAGUUGUGCUCCGGAAAAAGAAAAAGAAAAAAGAAUGGACGUGGGACGAGAGCAAGAUGAUGGUGAUGCAGGAUCCCAUUUACAGGAUCUUCUACGUGUCACACGAUUCACAGGAUCUGAAAAUCUUCAGUUAUAUAGCGAGAGAUGGACAGAGCAACGUCUUCAGAUGCAACGUCUUCAAAUCCAAGAAGAAGAGCCAGGCCAUGCGGAUCGUACGGACGGUCGGUCAAGCGUUCGAGGUGUGUCACAAACUCAGCCUGCAGCACACACAGCAGAACGCAGACGGUCAGGAGGAUGCUGAAAGCCCCAAGACCUGCGCAGACUCCGGCCUACAAGAUCGGGAGUUGACCGGAGCUGAGAAGACUCUGGCAGAAGAGACGGACAUCGACGCUGAGGAGUUGCCUCUCCCCGACAGCACAGUGGACGAGUUCAGCCGAGGCGUCACUGACCUGGAUGCUGCUAAGAAAGACGACGAGGGCCCGAAGGACACGAAGCUGUGUGAUGACGCCUCCAUCCUACUGGCUUCUCCAAAGAUGCUGCUCCCAUCGUGCAGUGAGUUGGCAGCCAGUACGCCGCUCUCUAUGCACCACCAGCUCCAGCUCCUGCAGCAGCAGCUCAGCCAACAGCAGCAGCAGACCCAAGUGGCUGUAGCUCAGGUUCACCUGCUGAAGGAUCAGCUCUCUGCAGAAGCAGCAGCCAGGAUAGAAGCUCAGGCUCGAGUGCACCAGCUGCUGCUGCAGAAUAAAGACCUUCUGCAACACAUCUCCCUGCUGGUCAAGCAGAUCCAGGAGCUAGAGCUCAAACUGACUGGUAACAGCUCCAUGGGAUCUCAGGACAGUCUACUGGAGAUCACUUUCCGAGCCAACGUGCCCCCGAUCAUCUGUGACGCUACGACACCACGCCCCGAAGACAUGGUCCUGCCACCGCUGAACGAUGGCACACAGCUGGCUCUGCCCCUCAGCAGUCCUUUAGUUGACCAAAGCAUGUUUGAGAACUCGAGUGCAGGCGAGCAGCUGAAGCAGGGGACGAAGAUGAGCUCCGUCUCGGGCCGCCGGGACUUCUCCUCUCCAGGAGGCCAAAAAAGCAGCACACACCUGAAGAACCUGGGGAAAGCCAUGGGAGCCAAAGUCAACGAUCUACUGCGUCGUAAAGAGCCCGGGAGCCUGGGCGACAUCGGAGUCACUGAGGUCAACAAGAACGUCGGAGCAGUGUGGUCCAGCCACAAAGUGACUGCUAACAGCCACAUUUCACUGGACCCUUUCCCUCGCCUGGAUCCUCCUCCUCCCACCAACAAGAAGCGUCUCCCUCGUGCUCUGAAGACCACUCAGGAAAUGAUGAUCUCCUCUGACCCUGUGGUGGCCUCUCCAGAGCUCUCAGACUCCUCCUUCCUGUCGUCCCCAGAGAAGAUCCACCAAGUCAAAGUCCCUGAGCAACCUGAAGAUCCAGAGAAAGUAUCAGGAACUGAUAAUACUCUGGAGGUCCAGACAGGAGAGGAGAACGGAUCAAGGGUGAAAGGCCAGUCUGUUGAUAUGGAUGGCAUCCAAACAGCUGAUGAACAGAAGGAACAUGGCACUGUGAAUGAAGACCAGUUACGCAUGCUGCUCUCUGUUCCAGAUCUCAUCCACAAGGACGGCCUAGAGCUGAAGCAGAAACUGAGCGGCUCUGAGAGUAGAAUGGCGUCCACACCACGUCCAGGGAAAGGAGACGGCCGCAUUAGCGUGAGUGAGGGAGAACUACUUCAGAACGGCUCAGUGGAACACAUGAGAACCUCCAGCGGAGAAAACGAAGAACCACACCCAGACCUGCUUUCAUUUGAAUGAAAACUUGGAUAGAAGAUACAAGCUUGAGAACAAAUGUCAUGAUGUUCUUCCUGAUCUUCAUCAGUCAUCUUGAGAGAAUAUUCCUCUGUGAAACGAUAGUUUUAGUGAAAAAAGCUCUUACUGAUGAUUGUACAAGAGAACUGCCUCCUUAAUGGAACCAACAGACAGGAUUCAUCAUCAUGACAUAUCUGUGAACCACUGUAUUCUCUGUGUAUGCACUAUAACGUGUUUAUUAAGCCUCACUUUAUGUAUUAUCACAGAAAUAUUCAGAAUAUUUUAAUCUAAAUACUUUAAUAACUCAAAUCACUAUUUUAGAUUCUUUUUUUAUUUCAAGUUUUAGAGAUUAUUAUUGUUUUGCAUUUUACACUAAAGGAUCGAAACAGCUUGUCAGUAGAAGCCAAAGUGAGAACAUUUUCUUCGCUGUAACACUUAUGCCAUAUCCAGCUUCCAGCUAACUGCACACUCACUCUGUGUUCACACUGGCAAGCGAUACAGAGCCUCAAUAUGGCCACAGCGCCAAGCAAUACGCAUUUCAUAUGCAUUUGCAUUAAUAUUUUAUUUCCACUUUUAAUUACUAAUUAGCCAUGGUGUCCAUCCAAGUAAUUUUAUUUAAAUUUGGGAAAACAUUUAUACACGUCACCAAAACAUUAUUCUGUUACCUUUAGCAUGUAAUUUUUUUUAUUUUAUUUUAGCAUUUAUGCAUAAUGGCAAUGCAAGCUAAGCUACUGUGUUUGACAGGAGGUGAAAUGAAGCUUCAUACACUUCCAAAGCUAACCAUAGUGUUACGAGAGAGCACACAGGCUGGGUUUUUUAGGGUGCUGCUCUACAGAGACCAGAUGGUGACAUUCCUAUUAAAUAACAAUAAUGCAUUAGUUUUAUGUCCGCUGUGGGGCUCUGUACUAUUUCGUUUGCUUUUUUUAUUAUUAUUAUUAUUUCAAGGUAAACACUGCUGUUAAGUUCCCCGGUGUCCAUGAAGAUACUUAGUGGGCACUUUACAUCUUUUCUUGGGCAUUAUGACAAUAUUCAGCUACAUGUUACCCAGAUAACAUCUAUAAACUUUACAUUAGACUGUAUGCAUUUCCCAGUUUUUAUUUGAAAGAGGUGGAUUACCUACAAAACACAAACUGGGAGCGAAAUCUCUGACUUCGUUGCUGGAUUUUUGAACACAGAGUCAGUCUCCAAACUUAUAAGUGUAAUAGCUAUCAAUAAGAGAAACCCACAUAAUUAAUGAUGUUGUUUCCAGAGAUCUGUGAAGCAGCAGUCAGGAAGAAGAUGCUGGAAAAAGAUGCUUAAGAAACGUAGGGGUUGAAUUAACCGAAAAAUAGAACGGAUGAUCGCUAUUUUGACCGGAUUAACAGGCUAAUGAUCGUGAUAGACGGUUGGGUAGAACUACAAGCUAGGUGUUAACAUUGCAGGAAGUAGAAAGUAAGACAAUGGUGGAUGUAUAAUCACCAGGUCCAGGUAGCAAGCCAGUCAGUAAGCCCUGGACAUCUAAGGGUGAAGAUAAAGCAGGACAGAAUGAGGCCCAGGAGGCUGAGUGCAGGAUUCAGUGAGGGAGGAUCUGCAGCACAGAGCUUACUGAGAGCGGCUGAUGGUCAGAGUGAUGGUCGGCUUGGGGAAUGGCACUAAUGAGGCUCGGUCUGUGCAAAGCCAUGAGAACGGGGCUAGAAGUAAUAGGGAAUGUCGUAACGUGACUUACCGUGUUGAAUUCUCCAUUCUGAUUGGACAGAUGGUGAUGAUUAAUUUUCUAUAAGCUCAGUGCACUUGUUCUUCUACAUCAUUUCCAUAGUAACAGUUUGCACAAGGAGACAAGGAGAUAUUUAUUUAUCUAUGUGGAAGGAGUCUCCAGUGUCAAUACUUUGCAAGAGUCAGAGGUGAGGAUGGAGGAUUUUCUCAGUAACAAAUCUGUUGGGUUUAUUUGAUUUAAACAACUGUCUCUCGCUGCUAUAACAUAAGGAAAUAACGAACUUAUUUUGCAGAAAAUAAUUGGCUUUGCUUUGUCUCACAGCUCUGAACCCUGUCACUGACUUAGUUCCUGUAACAGCACGCGUCCAUGCGCGUUAUCUUUAACACAAGUCUGCCUUCAUUCUGUAUCCCGUGAUCCUUCUGAAGGACAAUGUUUCAUGUCAGACAAAUCCUCCUCUUCUUCCACAGACCCGGAACCCUUUCAGACUUUUCUUUGCUACUCUAGGUGUAGCAACGUUCAUGCCGUUUUAUGGGGGACGUUUUGCAAUGUUUAGUCAUUUCAAUACGCUUCGAAUGAAUACCGGGAUGUGUUUUGAUUGGAGGAGGUGAUGAGCAAUUGCAGAAAGAAAAGGGUGAUAAAAGAAUUGUAGGUCAGAGAGAUUACGUAGGUGUUGUGUUUGAGUGAUGGGUUUAUUCUUUACUUCAAAUUGUACUUCACGAUCAUGGAAGACGUUUAUAGAUGGAGCCUCGCUAUAUGAGGACAUGCGUUUUAUUUCAGCAGUGAGUCAGCCUCUCACUGUUCUAAUGCUGUGUGCCUCGUGCAGGAUCUGCCACUGGGUCAGAAAUAUGUAACGUUAUUGUAUGAAUAUUUUAAAUGUAUAUGUGCUGGGGGGGGGGGAAACAACUAAAAGCUAAAAUAAUAUUUCUAUUUUAGAAAGUUGAAGAUGAUUUUAUUGUGAUGGGAUUGUAUUAAAAAAAGAGAAGAAUUAUUAUUGUAAUUUCUUUCAGUUCUUUUUGAGGAUUAUUAUUAUUUCCUUUUAUUUUAUUUCUUUUUUUAUUAUUAUUUCUGUGGCUUUUAAACCGACACCAUCUUACUUUAUAAUGACGUUAAAUGAAGGAAGGAAAACGUUGAAGGAAUGUCGUUUUUAAUGAAGGUUUUCUGAGCACACUAAAAAUAAAUUUAAAAAAAAAAAAGUAUAAGACCUCAAAUAUUACAGAUUUUGUAUUAAAGACAUUUUUCAGAA